AUGCAAUUCAAGACUGUCGCUGUUCUCACUGUUGCCUCUUUGGCUAUCGCUGCCCCCUCGGCUGUUGCUGAUGACGCCGCCAACGGCGCCGUUUACGGCGGCCAAGGUGGUGUCCAAGGUGGUGCCCAAGGCCAAGGUGGUGUCCAAGGUGGCGUCCAAGGUGGCUCUCAAGGCGGCUCUGGCACCACCGUUGUGCAAGAAGAACAAGGUGGCCAACAACAAGGUCCCGCUCUCAACAACCCCUUGGGUCCCGCUGGUGCUAUUGCCGCUGCCAUCUGGGGUUGCUUCACCGGUUGGUUGGGCACCGCUUAA